GAUUCGGUAGCGAUCGCUGUAGGAGCGGAGCGGUGCGGCGCUGGGUUAGCGGGCGGGCUGGGCUGCGGCCCGCGCGCGGCGGGCGAUGCUUGGGGGCAGCUCUGGAGCCCAGGAGGGCGAGGCGGAGGGCGACGGGGCGGGGGCUGUGCCUGCGCCACCUGCCAUCGACUUCCCGGCCGAGGGCUCGGACCCCAAGUAUGAUGAGUCCGAUGUCCCAGCGGAGCUCCGGGUGUUCCGAGGACCCCUGCAACAGCCGGCUUUCCCCUUUGCUGUUGCAAACCAACUGCUGCUUGUUUCUUUGCUGGAGCACCUUAGCCAUGUGCACGAACCAAACCCACUUCGUUCAAGACAGGUGUUUAAAUUACUUUGUCAGACCUUCAUCAAGAUGGGCCUGCUGUCUUCCUUCACUUGCAGUGACGAGUUCAGCUCCCUGAGGCUACAUCACAACAGGGCCAUCACCCAUUUGAUGAGGUCGGCUAAGGAGAGAGUUCGUCAGGAUCCUUGUGAGGAUAAUUCUCAUAUCCAGAAGAUCAGGUCAAGGGAAAUAGCCUUUGAAGCGCAAACGUCACGUUACUUAAAUGAAUUUGAAGAGCUUGCGGUCUUAGGAAAAGGUGGCUACGGAAGAGUGUACAAGGUCAGGAAUAAAUUAGAUGGUCAGUAUUAUGCAAUUAAAAAAAUCCUGAUUAAAGGUGCAACUAAAACAGAUUGCAUGAAGGUACUCCGGGAAGUGAAGGUGCUGGCGGGGCUCCAGCAUCCUAAUAUCGUCGGCUAUCACACCGCUUGGAUAGAACACGUGCACGUGGCCCAAACGCAAGCAGAUAGGAUUUCUCUUCAGUUGCCAUCCCUGGAAGUGAUCUCUGACCGGGCGGACGAGAGAGAUCAGUAUGAUGUUAAAAAUGAUGAAAGUAACGGCUCAUCCAUUAUCUUCGCCGAGUUCACCCCAGAAAAAGAAAAAUCUUUUGGAGAAUCUGGCGUGGAAAAUCAGAAUAACAGAUUGGUGAACUACACCAGCAAUUUAAUCACAAGAGACAGUGAAUUUGAAUCAUCCAGUGAGCUCCAAGGAAAUGGCUUGGCUGAUUUGUCUUCAAGAUCCAUUCUUGAGCAUCAGCUGCCCCCUAGGCAUAAUUCAGACUUAGAAGAGAAUUUCACGUCCACUGAGGAAUCUUCUGAAGGAAAGUUAAACUUGUUGGGGCAGACAGAGGUGCAGUACCAUCUCAUGCUGCACAUCCAGAUGCAGUUGUGUGAGCUCUCGCUGUGGGACUGGAUCGCCGAGAGGAACAGGCGCGGCCGAGAGUGUGUGGACGAAUCUGCUUGUCCUUAUGUUAUGGCCAGUGUUGCAACGAAAAUUUUUCAACAAUUGGUGGAAGGUGUAUUUUACAUACAUAACAUGGGAAUUGUACACAGAGACCUGAAGCCCAGAAAUAUUUUCCUUCACGGCCCUGAUCAGCAAGUGAAAAUUGGAGACUUCGGUUUGGCCUGUACCGACAUCAUACAGAACACAGACUGGACCAACAGAAAUGGGAAGAGAACACCCACACAUACUUCCAGAGUGGGCACUUGUCUGUACGCUUCACCCGAACAGUUGGAAGGAUCCGAGUACGACGCCAAGUCAGAUAUGUAUAGCUUGGGUGUCAUCCUGCUAGAGCUCUUCCAGCCAUUUGGAACCGAAAUGGAGCGAGCAGAAGUUUUAACAGGUUUAAGAACUGGUCAGAUACCUGAAUCCCUCGGUAAAAGGUGUCCCGUACAAGCCAAGUACAUCCAACACUUAACGAGAAAGAACUCGUCCCAGAGACCGUCUGCUCGUCAGCUGCUGCAGAGUGAACUUUUCCAAAAUUCCGGAAACGUUAAUCUCAACCUGCAGAUGAAGAUACUAGAGCAAGAAAAAGAAAUCGAAGAACUGAGGAAGCAGAUCAGCCUCCUUUCUCGGGACAAAGGGGUUAAGGGUGACACGCAGCCUGGGGGCGUGCCCAUCCAGCCUUAAUCAGGCUCUAUAAAUGUGAAAGUGGACUUUAAAACUCUCAGCUAGUCAACUGGAAUGUAAAUUUUCAAUCUUUAUUAGGGUCUAUAGAUGGUGUAAUACUUAGUUGUAAUUAGUAAGCCUGUACAAGACUUCUUAAAAUGAACUUGUAAAAGUACCCCCAAACUGCUUUUUCCUUAAGUAGCUCUUUUAUGACCUAGCAUUUUGAACUUAAGACUCUAAACUGAGCCUGUUCUGCUCGUUUCCUCCUCCCAUCCCACAAGCUCCUGUCCCGGAUUUCUUACUUUAAUAUUACAGUCCACCCGGUCUCUGAAACGAAAGAUUUGGACAGCAUCCUCGUUUCUUCCUUCUCCUUUGAGCUCUGCCUGUUGGCCACCAAGUCCUCCUCCAGGAGGCUGCUCUGUAGAAAUCUCAGCACGCUCCCCACCCCAUCGCUGCCCAGGCCAGGUCUGCACGCUAGCUGGACUGUUCCAGUUUUGACAGGUGCCACUCUUUCUCCCUCUUUCACACUGCUGCCCGAGUGAAUUACUGGAAAGACGACCGAUCAGUUCCCUCUCUGGCUCCGAGAUGAAACUGCAACUUCCUGGUGCAGUGUACAUUACACAAACUACUCUUUUCUCUUCACCGUCAACUUAGCAUCAUUUCAAAACUAUGCCCUUUCAAAACUUUAUAUUUCUUGCCCCAAAGUGAUCUCAAGUAGCUUGGCUCCGGGCGGUCCUGCCCCUGCCCUGUUCCCAUGGUGUGGCUCUUUCUCCUUUCCUCCAGCACUCCACUCCGUGGCAGCCAGCAUUCCUGAGGCAACCAAAUGAAAUAUGCAUUUUCGUAUCCCCAAAAGUGCCUGCCACAUAGCUGGCAGUUGUCAUGGCAUACUACACGCGAUGGCGGAUUUUAAAUAAAAUGAAAACCACAAAUUA